CUGGGUUCCGGACUCGCGGGGUAGGUGUCACGUGGUGGGCGCACGGCCGGUGGGUCUCGGACUCUGGCCGUGGCGGCAGCAGCGUGGGGCCUCAGGGUCGCUGGGCUGGUGUGCGGGACCCUGUUCCGGCAACUUUGAACCAGCGCGACGAUGGCAGAAGUCAAUGGGACUCACAAGGAUGCUGACCUGUGGUCCUCACAUAAUAAAAUGCUGGCGCAGCCCCUGAAAGACGGCGACACUGAGGUUUACGACAUCAUCAAGAAAGAGAGUAACCGGCAGAGGGUCGGGCUGGAGCUGAUCGCCUCAGAGAAUUUCGCCAGCCGGGCAGUUUUGGAGGCCCUAGGCUCUUGCUUAAAUAACAAGUACUCUGAGGGAUACCCAGGCCAGAGGUAUUAUGGCGGGACCGAGUUCAUCGAUGAGCUGGAAAUCCUCUGUCAAAAGCGAGCGCUGCAGGUCUAUGGUCUGGAUCCCAAGAGCUGGGGGGUCAAUGUCCAGCCCUACUCAGGCUCCCCUGCCAACUUCGCGGUGUACACCGCCCUAGUGGAGCCGCACGGGCGCAUCAUGGGCCUGGACCUGCCCGACGGUGGCCACCUGACCCACGGGUUCAUGACAGACAAGAAGAAAAUCUCUGCCACGUCCAUCUUUUUUGAGUCUAUGCCCUAUAAGGUGAACCCAGACACUGGCUACAUCAACUAUGACCAACUGGAGGAAAACGCCCGCCUCUUCCACCCGAAGCUCAUUAUCGCAGGAACCAGCUGCUAUUCCCGAAACCUGGACUACGCUCGACUGAGGAAGAUUGCAGACGAGAAUGGGGCGUAUCUCAUGGCGGACAUGGCGCACAUUAGCGGGCUGGUGGCAGCUGGUGUGGUGCCCUCACCCUUUGAGCACUGCCACGUGGUGUCCACCACCACCCACAAAACCCUGAGAGGCUGCCGAGCCGGCAUGAUCUUCUACAGGAAAGGAGUGCGCAGCGUGGAUCCCAAGACGGGUAAAGAGACUCUGUACAACCUAGAGUCGCUCAUCAACUCUGCCGUGUUCCCAGGCCUGCAGGGUGGUCCCCACAACCACGCCAUUGCUGGGGUCGCUGUGGCUCUGAAGCAGGCUCUGACUCCCGAGUUCAGACUUUACCAGCGACAGGUGGUGGCCAACUGCCAGGUGCUGGCGCAGACCCUGAUGGAGCUGGGCUACAAAGUGGUAACAGGUGGUUCUGACAACCAUUUGAUCCUCGUGGAUCUCCGUUCCAAAGGCACAGAUGGCGGAAGGGCUGAGAAGGUUCUAGAAGCCUGUUCUAUUGCCUGUAAUAAGAACACCUGUCCAGGUGACAAAAGUGCACUGCGGCCCAGUGGACUGCGUCUGGGGACUCCAGCCCUGACAUCGAGAGGACUAUUGGAAAAAGAGUUCCAGAAAGUAGCCCAGUUUAUUCACCGAGGAAUAGAACUGACUUUGCAGAUACAGAAUGACAUUGGGGCCAAGGCCACCCUGAAGGAGUUCAGAGAGAAACUGGCAGGGGACGAGAAGCACCAACGGGCCAUCAGGGUGCUUAGGGAGGAAGUGGAGAGCUUUGCGUCUCUAUUCCCUCUGCCUGGCCUGCCUGAGUUCUAGAGGAGCUGCCCGCCUGCCCACACCUGCCCAGGAACCUGGUGUCCUUCUGAGUCGAGACGAAGACUGGCCCCAUGCAGGACCCAGCUGCAUCAACUUCUCCAUGCCCUCUGAGGGGGUUUCUUUUUGGGCUUUCCUCAAAUUAACCUCCUUCAUGAAUUCAUGAAUCAAAAUUUGUUUUUAAGACCCACUGUUAGUAACUUAGUAAUUUUGGGACGUUUUCAAGGUGUUUACAUCUGACCCUUUCUCUCAGUUGUAUAAAUAGUUCUUAUGGAAAAAUGAAAUACUUAGACUGGGUUCAGGGUAAGCGACUGGAAAGACCUCAGUAGGUGUACUCACCCUUCUCUGAGUUACUGGGUUCCCCCACACUGCGAUAGACAACCACUCAAAUUCAGAGCUGCCCCUUCUUGGUAUCUUACUACGUGGAGGGCUGCCAAAGUAGGACUGACUGACAGCUGUCAAAACUGAGAAAUUUUGAAGCUUCUGGUGAGUUCUACAAGGUGCUGCCCAGUAUGGUAGGAGUUUCUCCACAGCGGCUCGGGACAUUGUGGAAACAGCUUCCUUCACCCCCCACCCCUGGGGGCGGGGGUUGCUAGGUCUUAUAGGGUGAGAACCAGCGGUGGCGGCAGUGGGGGGGGUUCCCUGCCCUGUGCAGGAUAACCAGCUCCCUCCUAUAAUCAGGAAACCAAAUGUCACCUUCCCAGAGAAACUUUAUUUUUCACAAAGCUGAAGUGCAAAACAUAGAUGACCAUUUUUAAUAAUAAGCACAAUCAAAUUUGUAACCACAGAAUGUCUACAAGAAUUAUAGCUUUAAAAAAUACAACCAAUUUUUAUAUUUCAAAAAUAUCUGAACUCAAAUAAAUUAAUUUCUUAAAAAGUA